GGGUGUUUAUUUACCACUUCAAUAUCAACAAUAAAUUCAGUUUUUUAAUUGUUAAUUAUUAAUUAUGGACCGUUUUAGGCGUAUGGAAGACGAAAUGAGCAGGUUUGAGGCUGAAAUCUCAGGCCAAGCUCUAAUAAACAGCUUUAGAGUGGGGCCCACCUUCAUCCCAGGCUUCGGCAACAUACCGCCACCCCCUCAACCCCCAAUGCUGAUUCCGCACCAACUGAAAAAAGUCUACAACUCGCAACCAGUCCUCAGCGCUCCGCCCGCCGUUGUUUCAGCCAAACCCGCUUUAUAUUUAGCUCCAAAAUCUUUGCCUCCUCAAGCUGCCCCCCAACCCCAGCCCCAGCAACCCCAGCCCCAACAACCGGCCCCCCAACCCCAAGUAGACUUCAUGGCCCUACAAAACGAAGUGGAAAAAAAACUUAAAAAGCUCAAAAACGAAAAAGUCAGUGCUGAAUUGGCCAUUUCUCAAGGCAAAGCCAGCAGCGCUUUACAAUCCUUUGGCCACGAUGAAACAAAACGCAAAGGGGGCUUCAAAAACAGAAAACUAGUUCGGAUUGCUGGAGGCCAAACGUGGGAAGACAACUCUUUAGGCGAAUGGUCCGAAGACGAUUUCAGGAUUUUCUGUGGUGAUUUAGGCAAUGACGUCACUGAUGAGCUUUUAACAAGAACCUUCAACAAAUAUCCUUCUUUUCUACGAGCCAGAGUCAUCAGGGAUAAGAGGACAAACAAAAGUAAAGGUUAUGGGUUUGUGAGUUUUAAAGAGCCAAUUGAUUUUACCAAGGCAAUGAAGGAAAUGAAUGGGCGAUAUGUGGGUAGUAGGCCUAUUAAAUUAAGGAAAAGUACUUGGAGGAAUAGGUGCAUGGAUAUUGUUAAGAAGAAGGAAAAGGAGAAGACUGCUUUGGUUAAUUUGUUGACUUCUGCAGGCAAAUAAUUUUGUGUGUAUUAUUUUCAAAUUAGCUCUUAAGUAAUUUCUGUGUAAAUAAUUAAUUGGUAAAUAAAAAAGUAUUUUUAGGAAUUAA